GCCCCCCGAAACAUGUGCAACUUGUGCCGCAACCGCCGCUAGAAAGGGUUACUCCACGUGUGCGGGCUUGCAUGUGGUCGAGACACGCGAAAAGUGCGUCCCAAGUUGCAGGCUAUAAACAGGCUAUUACGCGAAAAGCACAUAUAAAUUCCCGAAUCGAAGUCGCAUAAAUAUCAAGGCAGUCGGAUAGAGGAUAGCUAAUCAGACGAAAAUGGCCAACAACAACUACGCCGGGUUCAGCUACGGCGGCACCCAGUACAAUACGGGCCAGGUUUCGUACCCGGCGGUAACCAAUGCCACCUACGCGAAUGCGGCCGCCUAUCAGAACGCCGCCGUGGCCGCCGGUGGCUACCAGGGGGGUGGUGGCGGCGGCGGUGGAGCGGGCGCAGGCGCCUCCUCGGGAUCCGGUGGCUACGGCGGCGGCGGCUAUGGCGACUACCGCAGUGCCAUGCAAUCGUACGACGCCACCAAGACAUUCUAUCAGCAAUCGUCGGCCAGCUACAACGCCUCCGGUUCGACAGCCGCCUCCUCGGUCAGCAAGACGCACUAUUCGGCGCCUCCCGUGAAGAAUCAAAUCAAGGGCAAGAUGGACAAGUCAUCCAAUGGCGGUGGUGGUCCCAAGCCACCCAACUCGGCACCCCCGCAGCCGAGCAACCAGUACAGCGGCUACGAUACCGCUCUCUACAAUGCGGCCAGCAUGUAUGUGGCCCAGCAGCAUCAAGGCAAUCCCAACCAGAAGCCAAAUGGCGGUGCCAACAACUGGUAUCAGCGCAAGAUGGGACCCACUAUACCAGGUGCUCCUGGCGCCUUGAGAGGCAUGCGACCGAAGGCACCGCCGCGUCCACAGCAGCUGCACUACUGCGAGGUCUGCAAGAUCUCGUGCGCCGGACCGCAGACCUACCGGGAGCAUCUGGAGGGACAGAAGCACAAGAAGCGCGAGGCCUCGCUCAAGAUGUCCGCCAGCGCCACCAGUACCACGCAGAAUCGCGGCAAUAACUAUCAUUGCGAGCUGUGCGAUGUUACCUGCACUGGGACGGAUGCAUAUGCCGCCCAUGUGCGCGGAGCCAAGCACCAGAAGGUGGUGAAGCUGCACCAGAAGCUGGGUAAACCGAUUCCGUCGGAGGAACCGAAGAAGAUGGGCAAGAUUAACUUUGUGCCCGCCGCUGCUGGCGGAUCGGGAGGAGGAGCAGCAGGAGCGGCAGGAGCUGCUGGCGCCGCCGGCAAGACUGAGGCGGGCGGCUCGAACGAAAGCGAUGCAGCCGGAGACCUGGAUGAUAACCUAGACGAUUCGCUGGGCGAGAAUACGGACAACAUUAAGCCCGUGGGCGGCGAGUAUAUCGAGGAGGUCAAGGACGAGGAGGGCAAGAUACUGAGCUUCAACUGCAAGCUCUGCGACUGCAAGUUCAACGACCCCAAUGCCAAAGAGAUGCACAUGAAGGGCCGCCGCCAUCGACUGCAGUACAAGCGCAAGGUGCAGCCCGAUCUGGUGGUGGACUUCAAGCCCACUCCGCGCCAGCGUCGCCUGGCCGAGGCCCGUGCUAAUAGGGCCAUGAUGUCCUCGCAUCGCGGCGGCGACGAUCAUGACGGCAGCUACUGGGAGGAGCAGCGCAACCGGCAGUACAACGAGGAGUAUGACUACAACAACUGGAUGUCCCGCAGUUUCGGCGGUGCCCAGCGCUUUGGUCGCAUGGGCAAUGGACCGCCGCCGCACUUUGGCAUGAUGCCCGGCGGAAAUGUGCGUCGCCCGGAGAGCACCGACGAUCGCCAUGCCAUCGCGCGUCACGCUGAGAUUUAUCCGAAGGAGGAGGAGCUGCAGACCAUCCAGCGCAUCGUUUCGCACACUGAACGGGCCUUGAAACUGGUCUCUGAUGCCCUGGCUGAGCAGCCCAGCGAUGCCGGAGCGGCCAACAAGAAGGAUAAGACCGACAAGCCGUCGGAGAAGGAUGGACGCGACAACCAGAUCUUCUCGUUCCACAAGGACGCCGACAACGGUGGCAAUGUGGUGCGCAUUCUGAAGGGAGUGAUGCGAGUGGGUUACCUGGCCAAGGGCCUACUCCUCCACGGCGACAAUGCCGUCGAGCUGGUCGUCCUCUGUGCGGAGAAGCCAACGGCGGGUCUCCUGCAGCGUGUGGCCAAUGUGCUGCCCGACAAACUCAAGGAGGUGGCAGGCGACAUUCAGGUCAAUUAUCGCGUGGAGGUCAACGCCGAGGAGGCGGCUUUGAUCGUGCUGGAUGAGGCUGUUUCGGUCAAGAUAACCCUCACUUCGCCCCUGCUGCGCGACACCAAUCCAGGAGACCCGUCGACCAGCGAGGAUGGCGAGGGCGAUGCUGAAUACUUGGCCCGUGAGCCGUGUCUGCGUGCCCUGGCUGACUUGCGGCAUGCCAAGUGGUUCCAGGCUCGCGCCACUGGCCUCCAGUCGUGCGUCAUGGUCAUUCGCAUCCUUAGGGACUUGUGCCAGCGCGUGGCCUCCUGGCAGGCGCUGCCCCAGUGGUCGUUGGAGCUGCUCGUCGAAAAGGUGAUCUCCUCGGCCGGCUUUCCCAUCUCACCCGGCGACUGCAUGCGCCGCAUUAUGGAGGCUCUGUCCUCGGGCUUUUUGAUCAAUGGUCCCGGCCUGCUGGAUCCCUGCGAGAAGGAUCCCACAGACGCCCUGCUCGACUUGACCAAACAGGAGCGGGAGGAUCUCACCGUGUCGGCCCAGCUGUUCCUGCGCUACAUUGCCUUCCGGCAGAUCUACAAGGUGCUCGGCAUGGAGCCGCUGCCGGCCAUGAAGUUUCCCAUGCGUCCGUGGCGCAUCAACCGCAAGCGUCGCAGGUCGUCGGGCAAGGCUGGUGGGCCGCCCGGCGGGGAGACCGGAGAGUCCAAUGACAUCGACGAGACCGGCUCCGAUGAGAAGGUGGCCAAGAAGGAGGGCGCCGGCGGCUCGGGCUCUGGAAGCGCCUAAAAUAGUUUAUAUACACGUAGUCGGCUACUAAUAUUACAAUUUCUCUCAAGAUAAAAACACUUAACACUUAACUAUAACCAACUAUUAUCUCUCCACGAGUAUUCAAACCAACCUCUGGGGCACAAGGAGCUGCGCAUGUCCAACAUGUUGCCCGGUUGGCAAUUAGAGAAACCCCCCUAUAAACACAAAAACCUUUAACUAACAAUAUUUAGCGGAUCAUACAACUUGUAUUUUUCUAGCAUUAGUGCAACGGAAGGCAAUGUAUUCAGUUUAGAUGUGAACAUCUCGGCCCUCACACGAUUCACACACAUAUAUAUAAAUACAUGAACGAAACGGAUUUUAAUAAAACGUAAUGAACAACUAUAA